GCGCAGCAAACGGAAUGUGCGCGUUCCCAAAGAGCUGCUUUGGCCGACUGAUGGAAUAACCCGAACCCUCAGCCGCCGCAGCUUUAUAACCACCGCCCGGCGCCUGCUCUGUUGCUGCUCCUCAUACACAUCCCUCUCUCCCACUCUCUUAUCAUCUUCUACUAUCAUCAACAAUGGCUGGCCGUGGCAAAGGAGGAAAGGGUCUUGGAAAGGGCGGUGCUAAGCGCCACCGCAAGAUUCUUCGCGACAACAUCCAGGGAAUUACCAAGCCCGCCAUCCGCCGUCUCGCGCGUCGUGGUGGUGUCAAGCGUAUCUCUGCUUUGAUCUACGAGGAGACCCGCGGAGUCCUCAAGUCGUUCCUCGAGAGCGUCAUCCGCGACGCCGUCACCUACACCGAGCACGCGAAGCGCAAGACCGUCACCUCGCUCGACGUCGUCUACGCCCUCAAGCGCCAGGGACGCACCCUCUACGGUUUCGGUGGUUAA